AUGCUGUUGACGAUGUACGUCUUCACGAUCACUCUCCUCGCAGACAUCUGCUUGAACAUAGACAAUAUGUCGAUCGCUACCGACGAUGGUUGCGUUUUUGCAGGAAUUGUUGUUGUGAUUUUCAAAAUUAUGAAUUAUCAAAUCUACCAAGAAAAAAUAGCGGGAUUGACUUCGAAUGUGUUAAAAUGUGCCGACGAUAUCAGCGAAUUUUCUAACGUUAAACACAUCAGAGGCAUUGCCAAAAAGUAUUACAUACGUAACAAUGUGAUUUUCCAAGGGUUCUCCGUGUUAGGAUUUUUUUUGGCAAUCGCUCUUUUAUUUUUCUCACCGAUGGAAACUGGUUUACCAAUCAGAGCGAAAUAUCCCGUCAACACAACAAUAUCACCCUGGCGCGAAAUUGGUAUCGCAGUAGAUACAGUUACCAUUUCUGUUGGUUUGUUGGCGAUAGUUGCAAUGGAUGUUAUGACCAGUUUAGUAUGUAGUUUAAUCAUUAUGCAAUUCGACAUUUUGAACGUGAAUUUCGAGAACUGCAAAAGACGAACGACCGACAUAGUUAGCAACGAACGUAAUUAUGAUGACGUCGGGUAUGCUAAAAAGGAAGCGGACGAUGAUUUCGUACGUAAAUACAAGACGUGCCUUCGGUUCCAUCAGCGAUUGGUGACUAUGACCAACGAUUACAACAAGACCUACAGCUCGAGCAUGUUCGUUCAGAUGCUUUCGAGCACCUCGAUUAUUUGCCUGACCGGAUUCCAAGCUGUCGUGAAUGCUGUGGGGAAGAUGCGUCUUCUAGUUCUCGUCUUGUCAGUCUGCUUGAACGUUCUCGAAAUUACUCGUUGUCAAGAGCUUUCGGUCAUCAGGCACUCCGAUGGAGAUAUUUUCACCCUGGAAGGUUCCUGCAUGGAAGCUUGCACGGUGCUUAGCAGCGGGACAGCCAGUCCUUACACGCGUAGCCCUUCGACAGCAGGGCUCGUUCAUCCCAACACCACCUGUACUUGCCAGUGCAACUACGGCCUGCCUACCUUCCGAGAGGAUCUUCAUAUCUGCGUGAAUGAUAUUCACGAGUGCAACGUCGCGGGUUUCGUCAGCAGUACUGGUCAAGUGGAAAGAGUGCCAUACGUGUUUCUGCCCCAACGUGGCCAGAUAAUCUACCCCCACGCAGAGAUUCAAUUCGAAGGUGUAACGACCCCGGUUUGCGGAAUUGCUGGCGCUCAGCAAUUAGGUCGAACGGGAUGGUUGGAACUGAGGAAUCUCUCGGACACCGAACCACCCUUCAGGCUGUUUCGAGACGAGGGCAGGACAUUCCUGCAGUGGAUCGGUGAAGCUGGUCUGAAAGAAGCAGCUGAGGGUCGCGUGGUGACAGCCAAGCUAGUCUGCAGGGACGCGUCGUCGAAAUCGAAAUUUCCCAACGUGUUCACGCCGUGCGUGGCUUUCAGGGUGGCUGGCUCGCCCUCGAGGAGCAACGUUCGAGAAGUGACGUUUUCUUCAACGACGCAACUCUCUCAAGGGCUCUCCACCACGGAGUACACGGCCAUCGGUCUAUCAUCUGUAAUCCUGGCCCUGAUAUACGUUGCAAGCGUGUCCCUGUAUCUUCACAGCAAGAAGGCCAGACGAAAAAUUAUCGAAGAGCCGGAAUUGAACCUAACGCCUGGCCGUGAAGUCAGUGGAUUGGUGAAGAACAAUCCGUUACUCGCUGCUUCGAGACACUUCGAGAGCGACACCACCAGCGGCCUGACGGAGAGCGACCUUGGCGACGAACUUCCGGCCAGUGAUGGCGAACAGGGCUUCGAGAACGUAACAUCGGCUGUCAUCCACCCUCACUGCGUCUAUUUGGAACAGUCCGAGCUCUGUUUCGGCUCUGGGUCGCUCUUAGGCGAAAGAAUACCGGAGGAAGAUGUACGAGUCGUGGAAACCGCCGAAAAUCCCCAUCAACAAGAUAUUCCUGUCCUACCCGGGGCCCAGAGAAGAAAAUUAUACUUCAAUCCCGCUUAUUUCGAUAGGCAAUUGUUGCUGGCUCCCCCUCCAGCAGCCAUCGAGUUCCUUCUCAAGAUACGGGAGGUUAUCUCUAUUGCCAAACACAAAAUGGCCGCGAAGAAAUUCGUUCCUACUCUCAUCGGUAUCCCGGAAGAGAACAACUCGGAUCGAUGCGACUCUGCGGGCAAGAAUCAGCAACGAUCGUCGUCGGGUUCGGUUCAAGGUUCGAUCGCAAAGUCACGGAAGUCUCAGCGGUGCACAGGAUGCCCCGGUUGCACCGAAUCUUUCAAAAGCACAUCCGUGCUUCCGGAAACCGAUCAACCGAGUCCAGGUGAAAGUAAGGUGAGAGCGUGGUUGGAGGACGUCAGAACGCCGGAUCGUCGUUGGCGAGACACAGAAGAGACUCGAAAGAGGUUUCAAGAGAACACCAGCACCUUCGCCAAGAAUCUCGAGUACCUGAAGGAGCUAGCCAAGCGAGACUUCGACCUGGAAAUAAGGAGCUUGAAAGGAAUGGGUCUGUAUUCGUGGAAAGACAAUCUAUCGAGGACCGUUCAGCACGUCGCGAAGAGCGAAAUCCUAGCAACCGACGAUCGAAACAGCAUCUCCAAGCGUUCCACCAAGUCUAUGUUCGAGGAGACGAAACACUACAAUGAACAAAAUAACGACGCAACGACUGGUCCCAGCGGCGACGACGCCAUAAACGCUAAGGUGAGAAAGGCUAUCGAGAACUCAUUCAUCGAGCAGAUGGAGGAGAACGCUGCUGUAACGGAGACGUCAAAAGCACUGAACGGCGAGAAUAUUGCAUCGACUGAGAUCGAGAACAGCAAAGAAGUAGAAAAGACAGAGCCCGACGAGAACUCGUCGCGAAAAUCAGCGAAGAAAUCAAACGAUGUUUCGACUCCGACAAAGGAGCUGCCGGACAUGAUCAACGAGCUUCCCAACGCGAAGAACACGGCGAAACGUAUCAUGGACGCUGUGAUCCGCGAGAUGGUCGGCACGAAGGUACUGGAACAUCAGUCGAAAUCAGGGAAUAUGGCGGACUACGAGGUGGACAGUUUGGAGCGUUCGAAGUGUAGUCGAAAGUCAUCGAUGUCACCGGAAUCCACCGACCAUUCGAGCCCAGCUUUGUCCACCGCGUUGCCCAUGGACGAGGAACUGACGAUGCAGAACGCGGUAAUCAACACCAGGACAGGUGAGAUGACGAUCUCGAAGCUGAACGAUGACGUGCUCGAAAGGAACUAUUACAACAGUCUGCCCGAGCUGAUCUCAUCGCAGAGGUCUGAAAGCUACUCGUUGGUGAGCGAGGUGUACGUGAACGACGGCUACGACAGUCCAGCCUGUAGCGACGACUCUGGCCCAGAGAUCCAAUACGAGCCAGAAAAUCCUGGACAUCUGACCAUCAAGGUCCAGGAUUCACCGGAGAACUACGUAAAACAAGACGAGUCCGAGUACGAGCCGGACACGUUGGACAGAAAACCGAUGAAGCUGAAGAUCAACGACGACGUGAACUAUGAGAGGGAGGUGCCCGACGAAAUCUACGUGGAUUCUCUCGAGAGGCCUGCUCAGAUACUCCUGAAGAGCAAGGGCAGCUUUCGCGAUCAGACCACCGCGAGAAACGAAGAGGCUUGUUUGCAGCGCGGUUACGGCAGCCUUCGCGAGAUCUACGAGGCCAGAUUGAAAUCUGCUAAAGAUUUCAACAUGACGGACAGCACCAACUCGUUGAACGCGGAGGACACCAUGUCUUGGAAGAUGUGCAAAUACCUAACGCCCGACACCAGACAGGCCAAGAGGCAACGACAACCCAACAAUCAGCCGGACGUGGUCCCGAUGCCGCCCACGGAGGAGAUCUAUCAGCACCCGAAACCCCCGCGGCGCGUCAAGGACGCGAAACCGUCAACGAACGUGUCUCUGUCAAAAAACGGCUGGGACAGGAGUCCUGCCGAAGCGGGUGACCCUACGACCAGCAACGGUGCUCCUGUCCCCAGUGACCAUUUCAACGUAGGGUCCACUGAUCCAUGCCCCUGCAUGUCGCAAUCCUGCUGCGAACGGUCGACGACAACCUGCAGACACCAACUAGGAAAGUGGAAGGCGUGUCCCGGAGACUCUGGUAACUGCAAACAGCGAUUGUCGACGUGUUGGAACGAGGCUAGUCGGGAGGAUAAGAGGAGGCUUCUGUGUCGAUGUCGCCUUCGAGAGGUUCGUUCGGAGAAUUCGGAGAGAAGAGACGACGGAAGGCGAUCGACCAAGCUGUCGAAAGGCUGCGAGUCGACGAGCAACUGCGGCGAUCAUCAGCCCCAGGCGAAGGUGGAGGACAGCGGCUAUCUGAGCAGCACGGACAGCAACGGGUCGCGCAAACGACUGCUGGGUCACGAAGUGAGCAGCGUCUCGGAAACGGACGAGACCGAGUCCGUGUGCGAUGGAGCCAGCGAGAGCGGCGCCGAGAGCGUGGGAACCGACAGCGUGUUCUUUGGUAACUUUCGCAGGCUGUCGGAGUUCGCCAGCUUCCCGAAGAGCAUAGACUCGGGGGUCGAGAUCGCCGGGAGGAACGCGUACCUUCAGUCGUUCGUCGCCAGGAACGAGAACGGAGCCUCGGAGAGGAUGAACUUCAGCACCAGCGACAGCGAGACCGAGAGUUUCAUCACUGUUCUUCCGCCGCGUGGAACUAUCAGGGAACCAGUUUAAUAUUGUUACGUUAUUCGAAUUUCAACGAGAGAAACG